AUGGAUCACUAUGGAAAAGCUGGGGGUGACGUUCAUUCAGUACCAGCUGUGAUUUCGCCUCAAAAUGAUUUGGAACCACCUGAUGGAGGCCUGCAGGCUUGGCUGGUCGUUUUUGGGGCCAUGUGCAGCACGUUUACAACGUUCGGGUAUGUGAAUGCGUGGGGGGUCUUUCAAGAAUAUUACCAGCGGAGCGUUCUCUCUCAUUCUUCGCCUUCGGAUAUAGCUUGGAUAGGUUCUAUUCAGUAUGCUCUUGUCUUCCUUCCUGGGCUCCCCGUAGGGAGACUCUUCGACCUGGGAUACUUCCGCAGUGUGUUCAUACCUGCUAGCGCCUUAUUGAUUCUCGCCACAUUCCUGAUCCCUGAAUGCAAGGAGUACUGGCAGUUUCUCCUUUGCCAAGGAUUUGCGACUGGUUUAGCCUGUGGGACAUUUUUCGGGCCCGUGACUGCGAUAUUGGCAAUGUGGUUUAAGAAGAGACGUGGGUUUGCCUUGGGCUUGUUCGCUACCGGAUCUUCCAUUGGGGGAACAGUAAUCCCUAUUGUGGUGAGGAGUUUGAUCCCGAAAGUCGGAUUCGCAUGGGCCGUCCGCAUCGUCGGAUUCAUCCUAUUUGCUGGUCUCACUGCAGCGAAUCUCACUCUGAAGCGGAGAAUACCUCCCGUUCCAAGCUCAGAAGGUGUUUUCAACCUACGGAUGUUCAAACAAUUCAAGUCUCCAGCGUUCACCAUUUAUUGCAUAUCGACAUUCUUUGUAUACCUGGGAUUCUAUACGCUCCUUACCUACGUCAGUGCAACAGCGACGUCGAUCGGUGUAUCCGAAUCAUUUUCCUUCUACCUUGUAUCAAUAGCCAAUGCUAGUGGCGGCAUAGGGAGGAUUGGAGCCGGACUGUUUGCUGAUAGAUUUGGUGCGAUGAAUGUUCUCAUACCAUUCACGGCAUUAACGGGCGUGAUGACCUGUGUUUGGCCGUUCACGAGGUCUACUGGUGGACUCAUUGCGGUUACUGUGAUCUAUGGAUUUUCAUCGGGUCCGUAUGGAUCCCUCGUAUCCGUUCCCGUCAUCGAGACUGGUGAACCAGGUGAUACGAAUCGCGAUCUGGGGCGCAGAAUAGGUCUAUUGAUGACGUUCCUUGCAAGUGGAGGUCUUCUUGGUCCCCCAAUAUCGGGACUGAUCUUCCGGAGUCGAGGGAUUGAGGCUAUGGGGAUAUAUGCUGGUACGUUGCGUCGAGCAGCUCUUCAACUUUCAGCUGACUGUAUUUCUUUGAAACCAGGAUGCAUGAUUAUUUUAGGUGUUGUGAUUAUGUGCAUUCCAAGAUUCUUGGUUCUUAGUGCGCGAAGAAAAAGAGGAAGGAUGACUGGGUGGAUUCUUAGUAAAGUCUGA